UUUUUUUUUUUUUUGUGACUGGUGUUUUGUCUUUGUUCGAUUCCCCAAGAAGGGUAUAAUAGCAGACACAAAGAGAAACAGAGAGAGAUGAUAAAAGGGCAUUGUUAGGGAUUAAACUGUUUAGGUAUAUGUAUUGAUAGUGAAAUGUCUGAAUUGGUGGCCCGCACUGGUCGUCAUCAGCAACGUUAUGAGGCCGGUUGCCGUCUCAUCGCCGGGUGCAUUCCCUUCAGGUUUCGGUACUCUGAAGGCAGUAAUGGAAGCAAAUCUGAGAAGAUUUUGGAGGUGCUAAUGAUCAACUCUACAAGUGGACCUGGUCUUUUGUUCCCAAAGGGUGGAUGGGAAAAUGAUGAAACUGUUGAGGAGGCAGCUGCACGUGAAGCAUUGGAAGAGGCUGGAGUUCGAGGGGAAUUAAUGCAUUUUCUGGGGCACUACUAUUUCAAAAGCAAAACACUACAAGACGAAUUUAGCCCUGAAGGCAGGUGUCGAGCAGCAAUGUUUGCAUUGUUUGUGAAGGAAGAGUUGGAUUCAUGGCCAGAACAGAGCCGAAGGGUCAGAAGUUGGGUCACAAUACCCGAAGCAGUCAACUGCUGUCGCCACUCAUGGAUGCGUGAAGCUCUUGAAAACGCCUUCAAAAAAUGGACUGCGGAUGCUAUGAUCAUAUUAAUGGAACACCACUAACUAACCGACUUUUAUCUUUCCAUAAAAAAAAAACAUAUUGUCAUUUUGGCUUCUUCAACCAUGUUUCUUGGUUUUUAACUGUCUUUGGGUGAGAUUUUUUUUUUUUUUUAAAUCAGUUUAAAGACUAGUGUUGACAUUUGAAACUAGUGUUACCCUUUUCUUUCCUUUACUUUGGUUACCGUUUUCAAACUAAAGAAGAUCGGGUUGAGUUGAUUCUGUAACAUACAAGAUUUUCUUGGACAAAACAAGCCCGAUGAAAAAGCUUUUGUGAUAAAAAUUUGAAGUUGAGUAUGCAAAAGGAAUAGUUACAGUUAUAAAACAUAAGUGGGAAUAUAUAAAUUUGGUAUCUGAUAAUGUAAGGACCCAAUUUUUUUUUGUUGGGAUCUUUCAAACUAUCAUCUUGGUCUGUUAUUAUACUUUGAGAAGCAUAAAUAUUUACAAUCUACGUUUUUGGUUUAAAAAAUUAUAAUAUGUAAUUUCACGUGAUAUGAAAUGAAUUUCUGUACUAUGUCAUGG